UCCGAUUCAUCCCAGCUGCUGAUUGGUGGAGGCAGACGAGGGGGCGGGGUGGGUGAGCUUGCGCUGCGGAGGAAACUGACCGCGGGAGCCGUAGCUGGAGAGCCUCGGCUCAUGGAGGAGGGGAUUUGGCUGCGCCGCGCUGCAGGCAACAAAACCAAAGAAAGCAACAUCUGAUCCUUCAUUUCUACUCCCAUUUGGGAUUUUAUUUGCAUCAUCUUUGAGCCUAUUUAAAAAAAAAGAAAAGGCAAACCAAACCCACACAAAACAUGUUGUGCGGAAGGACUUCCACUCCCUGACUGUGCUAUUAAUGUUAAUAAUCAGGAAAAGCCUUUGGGGGCUACAUGAGCUCUUGUCUGAAGCUUGCUGCUGCUGCUAAGGGUUUUGGUGCAGGGAAACAAAACUGCCUUUUCCACCCGCUGAUUUCCUAACAUCUGCAUGUUUCUGCUGCCGCACUCGUUCUCACACCCUCUUCCCAUGGACUGAUUUUUUUUUUUUUUGUUAUUGAGGGGUGGAAGGACAAGAAACCAGGGCAUUUCUUUGGGAGAAACAAAAUUGCAUUUAUUUGUUGUAUUCUGGUGGAUCUGUUCUGAGGUUAAUCUUUUUGGAAAGGAAAAACAUGACGUCGCCAGCUAAAUUCAAAAAGGAUAAGGAAAUCAUAGCUGAAUAUGACACUCAGGUCAAAGAGAUUCGCACCCAACUCAUUGAGCAGCUGAAAUGCCUCGACCAACAGUGCGAGCUUCGGGUCCAGCUACUUCAGGACUUGCAGGAUUUCUUCCGCAAGAAGGCAGAGAUCGAGAUGGAUUACUCAAGGAACUUGGAGAAGUUGGCUGAGAGAUUCCUGGCUAAAACAAGGAGCACCAAAGACCAGCAAUUCAAGAAGGAUCAGAAUGUCCUGUCUCCAGUCAACUGUUGGAAUCUCCUCUUAAACCAGGUGAAGCGAGAGAGCAGGGACCACACAACCCUGAGUGACAUCUACCUAAACAAUAUCAUCCCUCGAUUUGUCCAAGUCAGUGAAGACUCUGGGCGACUCUUCAAGAAGAGUAAAGAAGUCGGAUUGCAGCUCCAGGAAGACUUGAUGAAGGUCCUGAAUGAGCUAUACACGGUGAUGAAGACUUACCACAUGUACAAUGCUGACAGCAUCAGCGCUCAGAGCAAGCUGAAAGAGGCAGAAAAACAGGAAGAGAAACAGAUUGGGAAGUCGGUGAAGCAAGAGGACAAACAGACCCCACGUUCCCCUGACUCAACUUCCAACGUUAGGUUUGAAGAGAAACAUGUCCGGCGGAGCUCAGUCAAGAAAAUUGAGAAAAUGAAGGAGAAGCGCCAAGCAAAAUAUACUGAAAAUAAACUGAAGGCCAUUAAGGCAAGAAAUGAGUAUCUGCUGGCUCUGGAAGCCACCAAUGCAUCUGUAUUCAAGUAUUACAUCCACGACCUGUCUGAUCUCAUUGAUCAGUGCUGUGACCUGGGAUACCAUGCCAGCCUCAACAGAGCUCUCAGGACGUUCCUGUCUGCGGAGCUGAACCUGGAACAGUCUAAGCAUGAGGGCCUGGAUGCCAUUGAGAAUGCAGUGGAGAACUUGGAUGCCAACAGUGACAAGCAGCGCCUCAUGGAGAUGUACAACAACGUCUUCUGCCCACCCAUGAAGUUUGAGUUUCAGCCCCACAUGGGUGACAUGGUGUCACAACUGUGUGCCCAGCAGCCAGUCCAGAGUGAGUUGGUGCAGAGAUGCCAGCAGCUGCAGUCUAGAUUAUCUACGCUCAAGAUUGAAAACGAAGAGGUUAAGAAAACUAUGGAAGCCACACUGCAGACUAUCCAAGACAUAGUCACAAUUGAGGACUUUGAUGUCUCUGACUGCUUCCAGUACAGCAACUCCAUGGAAUCUGUCAAAUCCACAGUCUCUGAAACUUUCAUGAGCAAGCCAAGCAUUGCCAAGAGACGGGCCAAUCAGCAAGAGACUGAGCAGUUCUACUUCACGAAAAUGAAGGAGUACCUGGAAGGCAGGAACCUGAUCACUAAGCUCCAGGCCAAGCAUGACCUUCUUCAGAAGACACUGGGAGAAAGUCAAAGGACUGAUUGCUCCCUUGCCAGUGGCAGACGCAGCUCUACUAUAAGGAAGCAGGACUCCAGCCAAGCCAUUCCUCUCGUGGUGGAGAGCUGCAUACGAUUCAUUAGCAGACAUGGACUGCAGCAUGAAGGCAUAUUCAGAGUGUCUGGAUCACAGGUUGAGGUGAAUGAUAUCAAAAACGCAUUUGAGAGAGGGGAGGAUCCACUGGCUGGAGACCAAAAUGACCAUGAUAUGGACUCAAUAGCGGGAGUUCUGAAACUCUAUUUCCGAGGGCUGGAGCACCCUCUGUUUCCAAAGGAAAUCUUUCAUGAUCUGAUUGCCUGUGUCACAAUGGAUAACUUACAAGAAAGAGCACUACACAUCCGGAAGGUCCUUCUGAGCUUGCCUAAAACCACUCUGAUUGUAAUGAGAUACCUCUUUGCAUUCCUCAGUCAUUUAUCUCAGUUCAGUGAAGAGAACAUGAUGGAUCCCUACAACUUGGCCAUCUGCUUUGGGCCCACGCUGAUGUCUGUGCCUGAAGGCCACGAUCAGGUCUCCUGCCAGGCUCAUGUCAACGAGCUGAUCAAAACCAUCAUCAUCCAACAUGAGAACAUCUUCCCAGGACCGAGAGAACUGGAAGGCCCAGUCUACAGCAGGGGUGGAAGCACUGAGGAUUACUGUGAAAGUCCUCAUGGAGAAACAGCCUCAGCAGAAGAUUCAGUUCAGGAUAUAGCAGCUGAGCAUCAUACCAGUGAUGAUGAGUGUGAGCCGAUAGAAGCAAUAGCAAAGUUUGACUACAUUGGCCGAACUGCACGAGAGCUGUCCUUUAAAAAAGGGGCUUCUCUCCUCCUGUAUCAGCGGGCCUCAGAUGACUGGUGGGAGGGAAGGCACAAUGGCAUCGACGGCCUUAUCCCUCAUCAGUACAUUGUUGUUCAAGACACUGAGGAUGGUUCCUCUGAAAGAUCCAGCCCCAAGUCCGAAAUAGAAAUCAAUUCUGAGCCACCAGAAGAAAAAGUGACAGCCAGAGCCGGUGCCAAUUGCCCAAGUGGGGGUCACGUCGCUGAUAUUUAUCUUGCAAACAUCAACAAGCAAAGAAAGAGACCAGAGUCAGGCAGCAUCAGAAGAGCGUUCCGUCAAAGCGACAGCCACGGACUGGUAGAACCAGCCUCCCCAGGAGCCACAGCUAGCUCUAGACCCUCAUCUCAGCCCAUUAUGAGCCAGAGUCUCCCCAAGGAGGUACCAGAUAAAUGCUCCAGCAGUGGCCACGGCAGCCUCAAUUCUAUCAGCCGGCACUCAUCUCUGAAGAACAGGAUAGACAGCCCACAGAUCCGUAAAACUGUGACUGCAGGCAGGUCAAAGAGUUUCAAUAACCAUCGGCCCAUGGAUCCUGAGGUCAUUGCACAGGACAUUGAAGCUACCAUGAACACUGCUCUGAAUGAACUGCGGGAGUUGGAAAGGCAAAGCAGUGUAAAGCACACACCAGACGUUGUCCUCGACACCCUGGAGCCUUUGAAAACCUCCCCUGUUGUGGCACCCACCUCAGAACCUUCCAGCCCUCUGCAUACUCAGAUUCUUAAGGACUCCGAACCAGCAUUCCAGCGGAGCGCCAGCACUGCUGGUGACAUCCCAUGCGCCUUCAGGCCCGUGAAAUCAGUCAAAAUGGCUGCCCAGGUUAAACCUCCAGCAACGAGGCCGAAGCCUGCAGUUUUCCCCAAAACAAAUGCCACAAGCCCUGGUGUUGCUGCUUCUGCAUCUCAACAGCCUACUGACAAGUCCUGUACUGUCUGAACUAGAAGCCCCACUGUGGAUAUAAUUUUGUUGUUUCAAAUGAGGGGACUAUAUUAAGACAUGUGAAAAUUCCUAUUUAACUAGUUUUGGACUUCUGCUGAAGGUUAGUUUGUAAGUCGUUACUGGCAGGAGCACUCCCUGGGAGUGAAGACAUGGGUAGUUAAGCCUUGCCACAUGCACACCACAUCAGCAUACCUUGCUUAUGAAAUACAGACAGAAAAUUGAACAUCAGGUCACUGUGAAAGUGGUGAGGCCAACACAAAGGACUGAUGAAUUGGUUCUCAGUUUAUAGUUGACGCCUUGUUCGUGUUUGGCCACUGAGAGAAGUACUCAGUGGUGCCAUGUUUUGGAUACUGGUGUAAUGACUUAUAUAUUUGCCACAGGGAAACAAUCCAAUAGAUUUUAGUCUACUGCAUGUUUUGGUACCACUAGUUAUGUGGAGCUUGGACAUGCCUGAUUCUUGUGCAUUAUUACAUUUCCUGCUGGUGCCACUGCUGUUAAGGGUCUGUCUUGAUUUCCAUUACAUCCUCUCUCUUUCAGCAGUCUUAGCUCUUAGCCAUGUCAAGCUCCCCUUGAUUGAAACUUGUCAUGACAAAUUCUCAGCUUUGGAACAUGAGUUCCGUGUUGUGUGUUGGUGCAGAUUUAAAUAAAACAAAUCUGUGUCUGAGUUUUAGGAGAGAAAAAAAUAGAAUUGCUGAGUAUGUCCACCGUGCAAUUGUUUUGGUGCUCCCAGAUUUAAAAGCAGCUUUGUUCUUUUAAAAUGAAACUUUCAGGGCGUUAGCCAAUGUAGCAUGUGCUGUUCAGUGGGAACUUGGAAGGUGGAAUGUAAAAACGAUUUACCUUCUGCAAACCAGCUGCUGUGCUCUCACCGGAGUGGCAUUUCCUAACUGGAACAUGAAUUGAGAUGGGCUCAAACCGAAACCCCACUUCUGAACAUCCCUAAAGCUUGAUUCUGAAACUCCUUGCAGCUUGGCCCUGUUUUUGAUUUGUAAAGACUUUGUUCUAUGGCUCUCACCACUAUGAACUAUUGUGGAGGACCCCAGCGUAAAGAGAAAGGUGGGAACAUGCUCUAUGGGUGAUUGGCACUACAGUGUCCAGCUCCUAAAUUGCUUAAAUACAUAUUUCUAUGAUAAACCAUCAUGCCUCCAAGGGAUUUUACUGACAAAUUAGUGACUUCAUAGUAUAUAUGUGUAUGACAGACUGUGACUGCUUCAGCUGCUAGCAGACUUUUCUGUACUUUCAUGGCAAUAUAUUUUCCAGAAUGCUGCCAUAUAUUUAAUGAAGGGGGAAAAAUGGCAAAAAGAAAGGCACAUGCUGUGUUAUGGUAAUGAGUCUCUCAGCCCCACUAGACCAAGGGAUCUUGCAACUGACUUUCCAUCCUUACUUUGCCCAUCAUGCCCAAAUAUUGCUGGAGUUUGAAUAGUCCUACCAUUUAUGUUCUUGUUGUAGUUACUCAAGCAAGAACAACAUAAGAAAGGGGACUCUUCCUCACUCUAGUUGAGUGUCCUUUGAUUUUUGUGGGCCUGAAUCACACCUUAACUUCAUGGUUUAAUGCAGAUUGUGAUUUUUAAUGAGCGUUGUAAUAAAAACAAGGUAUGUUGCAUCUCUAAGAACAAGUUGGCCUUAAACAUCCACUUCUAAUUCCUUUUAAAGGAGGUUACUUGCAUAGACACUGUUUUUCAAUCUCUUUGAAAGAGAAGAUUUUUUUGUAUUAAUGCUUGUGUAAAAAGGACUGAUUUUUCUCUGUGCCCUAAAUUAUGGAGACAUGAGAAGUUCAUGGACUACAGGAGAAAGAAACCCCUGAAAAAGAUUUGUUGGGACCAUUUUAAUUGUUUAUUUCCUUAAUUAACAUUUAACAACCCUUAUCUUUUGGAAACACUGCACUGUGUGUUGCUUCUGUCAGAUCUUAACCUGUCCAUAUCAAAGGGAAUGAAAUCCAACUGUGUGACCAGCUCGGUUGCUCUCAGGUUCAGACGGAUUCCUAGCACCAAGGAAUCUGUCUCUCUUUUUGUAAACUAAUAAUUUUAAAAAGCAACUAAUGAUUUAUUUUUCACUCAGGCAAAGCUUUGUGGGAAACAUUUUAUUUUUGGGGGAUCAUGACUGGCCAAAGGGAAUGCAUGUCACUACACAGGAAAUGAACAGAACAGGAUCUCUUUGUAAAUUCACUUUCACUCAUUCUUUGCAAUGCCUUAUUUUUUUUUAGUUUAUCUUAUGCUUUGCAUUCAUGUUUCCAAGGGAUGACAUCCAGCCAUACAAGGCAUCUUAUGACAAGAUCUCAUGUCUUCAGAGCUCACAAAAUGAGUGGAAAUAAGGUUUAAAAAACCCCAACACUUCAGGUUACUAUAACAGCCAUUGUCUGUGUAUGGAAUUACUAUGCCUGUCUGUAGUGAGCACAACACUGGGAAGAUCCUACUGACAAGAGGAAUAAGAACUUACAAGGAUAAACAAUAUCCUGUGCAAAUCAACUGGAAUUUCGGUGUGCACUGUGACUUGCACUGAAAACGUACACCUAGUAACGUGGCAGUCAGAGGGGCAUCUUUUCUCUUCCAUGUUGUCUGGGCCUAUCUAACCAGCAAGAAACACCUAGAAAAGCCACUUGUGGCUCGUCUACUUCAUGCUGUGAACUCUGUGGGGCAGGAGGAUAGUUUGCCACAAAGUGUUACCAUUUGUUGGGAGAGGGAAAACUGGAAAAGACUGUGCCCACUGGGCAGCCUACUGAAGAGAUCAACAUGGCAUGGCGGAACAAUAUACAGUGUGGCAGAUGGGGAGGUUUAUAUGUUACUUCCUGGCCAGAAGAAAUAUUUGAUCUCCCAGAGAGAUGCAGUUACUUGUGUGUCAGAUUAAUGGUAUAUCCCUUUAAAGAAAAGAAGCAUUGAUAACUGGAAUAAUGUAUGUCUGCUUGGCAAUACUCUGUAAGAACAUAAAUCCUGUCACUUAUCAAAUGAUGGAUUAGAAUAAUCCAAAGGAAAACUUUUGAAAAUAAAAUACAGUUUUAGGUGA